AUGGGUGACUACUCGAAAGCACUUGAAUUUUACGAAAAAUCAUUUAAAAUAAGAGAAAAAGCUCUGUCUCCUAAUCAUCCCGAUUUGGCUCAAUCCUACAACAACAUCGGUGCAGUGUAUGAGAACAUGGGUGACUACUCGAAAGUACUUGAAUUUUACGAAAAGUCACAUAAAAUCUUCGAAAAAGCUCUGCCUCCGAAUCAUCCCGAUUUGGCUACUUCCUAUAACAACAUCGGUUUGGUGUAUAACAAGAUGGGUGACUACUCGAAAGCACUUGAAUUUUACGAAAAGUCACAUCAAAUCCUCGAAAAAGCUCUGCCUCCGAAUCACCCUCAUUUGGCUACUUCCUACAACGGCAUCGGUGGAGUGUAUGACAACAUGGGUAACUACUCGAAAGCACUUGAAUUUUACGAAAAAUCACGUCAAAUAAGAGAAAAAGCUCUGCCUCCGAAUCAUCCGGAUUUGGCUACUUCCUACAAUAACAUCGGUGGAGUGUAUAACAACAUGGGUGACUACUCAAAAGCACUUGAAUUUUGCGAAAAAUCGCAUAAAAUCUACCAAAAAGCUCUGCCUCCGAAUCAUCCCUUAUUGGCCACUUCCUACAGUAGCAUCGGUCAAGUGUAUAACAACAUGAGUGACUACUUGAAAGCACUUGAAUUUUAUGAAAAGUCACAUAAAACCUACGAAAAAGCUCUGCCUCCGAAUCAUCCUCAUUUGGCUACUUCCUACAACGGCAUCGGUAGAGUGUAUCAAAAUAUGGGUAACUACUCGAAAGCACUUGAAUUUUACGAAAAGUCACAUCAAAUCCUCGAAAAAGCUCUGCCUCCGAAUCAUCCUGAUUUGGCUACUUCCUACAACAACAUCGGUUCGGUGUAUUACGGCAUGGGUGACUACUCAAAAGCACUUGAAUUUUACGAAAAAUCAUUUAAAAUAAGAGAAAAAGCUCUGUCUCCUAAUCAUCCCGAUUUGGCUCAAUCCUACAACAACAUCGGUGCAGUGUAUUACGACAUGGGUGACUACUCGAAAGCACUUGAAUUUUACGAAAAAGAUCUCGAAAUCACGAAAAAAGCUCUGCCUUCAAAUCAUCCCAAUUUGGCUACUUCAUACAACAACAUCGGUCUAGUGUAUAAGAACAUGGGUAACUACUCGAAAGUACUUGAAUUUUACGAAAAAUCACUUAAAAUAAGAGAAAAAGCUCUGCCUCCGAAUCAUCCCGAUUUGGCUACUUCCUACAACAACAUCGGUAUGGUGUAUAACAACAUGGGUGACUACUCGAAAGCACUUGAAUUUUACGACAAAGCACUUAAAAUAAGAGAAAAAGCUCUGCCUUCGAAUCAUCCCGAUUUGGCUACUUCCUACAACAACAUCGCUGCAGUGUAUAACAACAUGAAUGACUACUCGAAAGCACUUGAAUUUUACGAAAAAUCAUUUAAAAUAAGAGAAAAAGCUCUGUCUCCUAAUCAUCCCGAUUUGGCUCAAUCCUACAACAACAUCGGUACUACAUAUUUCGGCAUGGGUGACUACUCGAAAGCACUGUCAUUCUUAGAAAAGGCACUUCUUAUCAAACAAAAGUCGCUUCCACCAGGACAUCCUUCAAUUAAAGCAACGAAGGAUAACAUUGACUAUGUGAAAAAGAAAAUGUAA